AUGCUGAUCCUGUUUUUGAUCAUCUACCUAUAUGCCUCCCUUUCUUCUGCCUCUGUUGACGUUUUAUUCAAUUCUUUCACUUCCAAUCAACUGAUUUUCACCGGCGAUGCCACCAUUGAUUCCUCAACGAUCAAACUCACAAAAAAUGUCAACAACUUUUCAUUGGGUCGUGCUUUCUACCCCUACCCAAUCAUUGGCUCAAACAAUAGCACCAUUCCAUCUUUCUCAACCUCAUUUGUCUUCUCAAUUCUCCCUCAACGUAAAACGACACCUGAAUUCGGUCUUGCUUUUGUCAUUUCCACCUCUGCCAUCCCUCCAGGGGACUUGCUUGCUGGCCAAUAUUUUGGCAUCCUGUCAACCAAACACUCUGUUGCUCCAAUCUUAGUUGUAGAAUUCGAUACAGGUCAGAAUCCUGAGUUGGAUGACAAUAACGAUAAUCACGUCGGGAUAGACUUGAACAGUCCUAUAUCAGUAGUAAAACAUGAGGCGGGAUUUUACGAUGGUGAUGAAUUUAAACCUGUUAAAUUGAGUUCGGGAAAGAACAUCCAAGCUUGGAUAGAAUUUGAUGGAAAGGAGCUUGGGAUAAAUGUUACUAUAGCUCCAGUAGGCACAUCAAAACCGCUUAAGCCUUUGCUCAGUUAUUAUGAUGGUGUUAUUGCUAAAUACGUUUCUCCAAGUAUGCUCGUUGGAUUUUCAGCUGGUAAAACAAUCUGGAAUGAGACACAGAGAAUACUGGCUUGGAGUUUAGCAGACAAAGGAGCCCCAAGACAGAUAAACACUUCUGAUUUGCCCAUCAUUCUUCCUGAAUCUUCACCAUCAUCAUCAUCGUCAUCUUCCAUAUCAUCAGGACUCAUUGUGGGGAUAGCAAUAAUUUGCGUGGCUGCUCUUUUGUUUAUCUCAUUGUCUGGCCUAUAUUGGUUUAAGCUCAGGAAAAAGAGAGGAGAUAAAUCAGAUGAAGUGGAAGGAUGGGAGAUUGAUUACUGGCCUCAUAGAUUUUCCUACGAAGAGUUAGCCCGAGCCACAAACCAGUUCUCGGAUGAUGAAAUACUAGGACGUGGAGGUUCUGGAAAGGUGUUUAAAGGGCUUAUACAAGCAAAUAACAUCUUUAUCGCAGUUAAAUCCAUUAACCGUGAUUCUAAACAAGGCUUAAGGGAGUUCAUGUCUGAAAUCUCAACUAUAGGAAGGCUGCAGCACAAGAAUGUGGUUCCUUUACGAGGUUGGUGCAAGGAAGGCCAAGAAAUGUUGCUUGUCUAUGAUUACAUGCCUAAUGGAAGCCUUUACAGUUGGAUUUUUAGCAAUUCUAAGACACUGAGCUGGCACAGAAGGCUUAUGAUUCUAACAGAUAUUGCAGAGGGAUUAAAUUAUCUGCAUCAUGGCUGGCUUCAAUUGGUGCUGCACCGCGACAUCAAGUCCAGCAAUAUCUUGUUAGAUUCAGAUUUAUGUGCAAAACUGGGUGACUUUGGCCUAGCGAAACUGUAUAUACACGGUCAGGCACCCACGCCAACACGCUUGGUUGGAACUAUUGGAUAUAUGGCUCCAGAGCUUGUGAAAGCUGGCCCAACCAUGGGUAGUGAUAUCUUCAGCUUUGGGGUGGUUGUUCUGGAAGUAGUUUGUGGAAGGAAGCCUACAGAAAUGCAUUCAGAAUAUGCACUAGCUUUGGUUGAUUGGGUGAGGAAGCUUCACAGAGAUGGCAGGCUGAGUGAAGCUCCAGACUUGAGAAUUGCUAGGGAAGAAUAUGAGGUUGCUGAUAUGGAGAGAGUCUUGGAACUGGGAUUAGCUUGCUGUGAUGAUGUCCCUGAAUUGAGGCCAGAUAUGAAGGAAGUAGUAACAUUGUUAAUGAACUUGAAAACAAAAUAUACCUCAGAGCUUCAGGGAGUUGAUUGUUCUGAUUUUGGAGACUUCUCAACAAUCUCAAAUUUAUCAGUCACCUCUGAUUAUGGUCCAAGAACAUGA